AUGGCUUCUACAGAAAUCGUCUUUAUCGUCACAUUGGUCUUGUACUUGGUCAUCACAAGAUGGAAACGUAGGAAAGAAGAUUCCAUCAUCCCCGAGCCAGAACCAAAACAACCCGAAUGGAAAGACUAUAGUCCUAUCGAACUUCAAGAGUUCAACGGCGUUCACCGUUCCUUGGUUUUUCUUGCCAUCAAGGGCACUGUGUACAAUGUGACGUUGGGAUCCAAGUUUUAUGGACCAAAAGGCCCCUACAGCGCAUUUGGGGGACGCGAUGCAACUCGGGGGCUUGCUAAAAGUAGCUUUGACGAUGAAUUUAUUCCAAGUGUUGAAGCAGAUGACUUGGAUGAUUGGUCGGAUUUGAACGACGAAGAAAAGCAAACUCUCGACGAUUGGAAGGCUUUUUUUGAUCAAAAGUAUCCUGCUGUUGGUCGUCUCAUUAGUAAUAAAGAAGCUUCUGAAGCCCGUGCGAAGGCAGACUUUGUUACUCCCCAGAAAAACUAA